AUGCACACCAGACACUGGCAAGGACUGCUCCAGUGCCUCGCCUUCCUGUACGCAACGCAGACGCUGGGUCUCCCGGUCGGAAACGAGCAGCUCCAAGAGUUUGAGCUUUACGGGGAGGACUUUGAUGGCAGCGGCGGAUUCAGACUUGCGCUGGGGUCGGCGGGCACCAGAGAGCACUACCCGCGCCCGAUGCCCGGGUCUGCUGCUGCCGAGGAGCCAGGGAGGCUGUACGAGGCGAGGAGAAAAGCGCAGGGCAGGGCGAGGGAGGAGGCCUUGGAGCAAUUGAGGGUCUUGGCUGGGGGUGGUGGGUGA